GCUUGGCGUCCGGAAUUGAGUGACAAGGCGACGACGCAGCAACGCCGCAAGUCUUGACGCGAUACCCAGCGACUACCCUCACGAAACCCCGCCUACCUACUCCCCAUCCACUUCCACUCAUCCACGGCACUGCAGGCAUGUCAUUUCCCGGCGACGAAAAGACCAACGAGGUCGGCACAGCCACUACGACCAACAAUGGCGAUCCUUCAACUCCUCCCAGCCAUUCUAUCCCGCCAGCGGCGCCCGCAGGGGACCAUCUCACCAUCUCCUCCUUGAAAUGGUGGACGGACGAUGAAGAGUCCCGUGUACGUCGCAAGCUGGACUGGAAUAUCCUGCCUAUGCUGUUUAUCAUCUACGGAGCAGCUUACAUUGAUCGCUCCAAUAUCGGCAAUGCAAAGACGGCGGGGAUGAAUGUGGAUCUGGGCAUCAGCGAUAUUCAGUAUCGACUGAUCACGACGAUCUUUAUCAUCUCGUACAUCUUGUUCCAAUGGCUGCUGCUCUUCUAUCUGGUCGUCCCCGCUCACAUCUGGGUCGCAUCAUGCGCCGCAGUCUGGGGCUUAGCAUCGGCUCUACAAGGCACAGCGCAGGGCUUCUCAGGCCUCAUGGCUACUCGCUGGUUCGUGGGAAUGGCCGAGGCAGGUUUCGGUACGGGCGUCGCCCUCUACCUGGGCUUCUUCUACCCUCGACGUGAAAUUGGCUACCGCUUCGCCUGGUUCGUCACCUCCUCCGCUUUUGCGUCUGCCAUUGCUGGCGCCAUAGCCUACGGACUGGUACGAGCUCACGCGGCUGUUGCUGGUUGGCGCCUCCUGUUCGUAGUCGAGGGAGCUCCUUCCAUCCUGGUCGCCAUCUUCAUCUUCUUCUUCCUGCCCGACAACCCGCGCAAGUGCCGCUUCCUUAAUGAGCGCGAGAAGUUGAUCGCGGAUGCUCGCCUCUUCAAGCCCAAGUCAGAACACGGCGAGGAGGGUGGAGCAACUGUAGCGGCUGGAGAGGUAGCAGGGGCAGCAGCCCAUGAACGUGGCCAGAGCAGCGGGAUGAAGGCGAGCCUCGGCACCAUGGUGGCCGCAGCGCGCAAGAAGUUCGACAAGGACUCGAUCAAGGCCGGUCUGCUCAGUCCCGUCGCCUGGCUUGCAUCGCUGCAGCUCUGGACGGUCAACGUGGGCUAUGGGUCCAUCCCCAUUUUCUUGCCCACCAUUUUGAAGGACAGCGGCUUCACGGCCAUCAAGGCUCAAGGCUACACCGCACCGCCUUAUCUCGUCGCGUGGGUGUACACCCUCAUUGCCAUCUACGUCUCGGACAGGCUACAGCAUCGUGCCACGUUCAACAUUGUGCAUUUUGCUGUAGGAGCUGCAGGGUACAUCAUGCUUGCAUUGAGCGAAUCGCACAAUGUGCGCUAUGGGGCCGUCUUUCUUGUCGCCCUCGGCCUUUUCCCUCAGGUCUCCUUCUCCUACGUCUACCUCAUCACCAACGUCUCGUCAGAGCGCGCUCGAGGAUUCGGUCUGACUGUGCUUGGAACCCUCUCACAGACAGCACCGCUUGUAGGGAACCUCGCGCUGUUCCCCGCUGCGGACGCUCCUUACUACCGUCGCGGGAUGUGGACGUCAGCUGGCGUGUCUCUUGGAGGGCUCCUCAUCGCCUUGACGACCAUCACCUUCCUCACACUCGCCAACCGCAAGAGAGACAAAGCUGCCGCCCAACUCGAGGCUCAGUCCCUUCGCUCGGGCGGAAACAAACUCUCUCCUUCUGUUUCUGCCGGUGGUCAGGCGGCAGGGACUGGUAUAGACGAAGAGAAGGCGUCGCUUGCGGUAGGGGCUUCAGGCGAGGCACAGAGAGAGCGAUUGGCAGCGAAGCGUCACCUGGACAUGAGCGUGCCAGAGGAGAAAGAAGAGGCGUUGAGGCGGUACAUUGACGAGGGUAGAAGGGGAGAGGACUCGCCCUACUUUAGAUACGUGGUGUGAGGAGGAAGCCAGAGACGCAGACCACGUGGCGCGGGCCAACACUUGGACCGUGCUCGCUCAGACCCCCCUGUUUCCCCUCGUCUCGUGUCUGUCCGCGUCUUCUUUCUCA